UACGGACUAGUUGAUUCGUUGCAAUAAAAGGAACAUUAUAGCCUAUUGAUUUUCUUCAAUUGCCCACUACCUGCAGUUAUAUUGCAGGUGUGUUACCGUCAGUUAGGUUAUUUAAAAGUCUUAUAUUUAUCAUUCUGAACAUUUACUAUGAGUCAGUUGUGUGAUUUAAUUAAUUGAAGAAACUUAAAUUAGUAUCAGUUUACACAAAUUUUCUCAAAAUGAACAUUUAUGGAUUUGGAGAAUAGCCUCGAGCCAUUCUUGUAUUGGCUUGGCAAAUUACAUUAUUAAACUCCCAAAUCAAAACAACAUUUGGAUAUUUUCGUGGAGAAGGAGACUGUGCCUAGGCUAUAGAAAACAUAAAUUUAAUUGACAUUUGAAUCAUUGCUAUGCUUUGAGACGACAAACACCCGAGGCUGAUUCCAGGAUACUUGAUCCGUGUUCAUGCGGAGGACCAUGACCAUGAACGGUCACCAAACUCAAACCACAGUGCCGCUGGAUCUGAGCACCACAACGAGGGAGCGUGGCAGCGGCGCCGACAGGACUCCCACCAGCAAAGGUUGCUCCGCCAGUGUAAGAAUGCAGUAUACCAAUGCCCCCCUCACGGAGGAUGACGGUCCAAACGGAAAUCCCAGCCACACUGUGGAGCCGCUGGAGCAUCGUUGUGGAGUAUCGUUGAUAAAACCUCCUGUGAAAACGGGAAACCCGGCUUUUCUGGAGAAAAAACACUCACCAGCUGCAACUUCUCACACGCCAUUCACUCCGAACCCUGGUGAGAGCAGCAAAACAGACACACGAACACAGAACAUAUCUUCCUCGUGGCUUCCUUUUAGGAAACGUCCAUUUCCUUCUGAAUGGGAGACGCCGGAACAGUCACGUACCCCACCCGGGAGAGAGGAGCGCUUAUCCCCUUACAAAAACAAAGACUUGUGCUGCAGACCAAGUCCUCCAAAGAUUUUAUUAAAGAGCUGCGACGAUGAGAGCAUUGGUACCCUGGCAUCGGUCUCACACAGACAAUUGUCUGCCGCCAGCGGUUUUGACAAUGAACACCAAAGCAUCGAUCCGGUUCGUUCAAUGCAGGCACCCCGUCCUUACUAUCCCUAUCCAGGGCACCCAUUCUACUCCUGGCCCAGCAGGUCACCACUGGUUGUGAACGUGCCUGUCUCUCACCUCCAGUCCUCUCUUUACCCGGGACACGCUGGACACCUGCUGGCAGAUGUUGCCAUGGCGACUCGCCAAGACAACGAUGGUGACACGGCUCUUCACAUAGCAGUGGUGCAGGGGCAGGAAGCUCAGAUCCAAAGAAUGAUCCUUCUCCUGGAACUGGUUCACACAGACCUGGACAUCUACAACAACCUGAGACAGACCCCUCUUCAUCUGGCUGUGAUUACCCAUCAGGCCCACAUGGUGGGGGCGUUGCUGCGUGCGGGUGCUGACCCGGGGGCUCUGGACCGUAACGGUCAGACAACGGUCCACCUCUGCUGUGAACACGGCCAGCAGGCCUGCCUCUCUGUCGUCCUUUCCCACCCCUCCAUCUUGACUUGCCUGGAGGUCAGGAACUAUGAGGGCCUCACCCCUCUCCACCUAGCUGUACAGGGUGGACACAAGGAGCUGGUCAGAAUGCUGCUGGAUGCUGGGGCAGACAUCAAUGCUAUGCAGGACAUCAAGAGUGGCCACAGUCCUCUCAUACACGCAGUAGAGAACCACAAUAUGGACAUGGUGCACUUCCUCAUAGAGAAUGACUGUAAUGUGAAUGGCCAGUCGUACAGCGGGAACACGGCCCUGCACAGUGCCUGUGGGCGAGGCCAGGUAGACACAGCCAGGCUGCUACUGAAGAACAGAGCCGACAGCAGUGUGAAGAACUACCACAAUGACACCCCCGCAAUGGUGGCCAAGAACAAGAAGGUAACAGAUGUACUACGAGGGAAGGGCUCCAGAAACCAGCAGCCCAAAGCUCAGCAGUGUGUACCAGCCUCACCACACAGGAGCACACCCCACUCACAGAUUAGAGGUUCUCCAUCUCUUAGCCUUUCACCAUUGGCCACUCCCACAGCGUCGCCUCUUCACCGCAGCUCGUCCCAUUCCCCCAAGGCACCUCUCACGCCCUCUUCACAGCCAAUCAGCAGAGAGCCUGUCAGGCCAUCAGUCUCCAAUGAAGAUCUGGGAGAGCGAGCAGCUGCCGAUGAGGCUUGACUCCGACAGGAUGACUGCAGUGGACAUCAGCCUGACCCAGAGAAGGACCUACAGCUACCCUCCAGCAAUGCACCACCAGUCCCCCAUCACUGAUGCUCAAAUAGGGCAUUUACUCGCCUAUUACUCCCCUGGAGUUCAGAGACCUCUUUAUCCAGAGCCUCCCUUUAUCCUCCUCCACACCAAUAUCCCUUACCCAGCCACUGUAUCUACUGCCUCCCAAUCAGAUGUCUCCAUCAUGAGUGUCAGCAGCAGCAUGGGCAAAGGUAACAGUUGACAGAGAAGCGCUUUCAGUGUCCCUGCUGAGUUAGGUUCCACCACUGUUUGAGUUAUUGGUUGGUAACGAGAGUUUGUUUACUGUUGGACUAGAGCCUAUGCCAGUAUGAUUAUGUACCUCUAGAUCUCAGCUGGAUGCAUUUGUCAUGUGACUGCAUUAGUCUCCUUACAAUUCUACAUGCAAUGACACCUACACUGGAAGAAUUAACGUUACUGCAGUUUCCUGAAUAGACUUCAUUCAGAACUGUUGUGUGUGUGAUGGGCUGUUUGGAAACUGGUGCUCCACCUUA